AUGAUUAUUAAGUUAGAUUUUCAGAAAGCUUAUGACUCAUUGAAUUGGGAUUUCUUACUCUCCAUGUUGGUUAAUUUUGGGUUUGGGGGAAAAUGGGUGGAGUGGAUUAAGGUAUGUAUUACCUCAGCUAGGCUAUCGGUGCUUGUUAAUGGUUCUCCUACUGAGGAGUUCAGUCCACAGAGAGGACUGAGACAAGGGAAUUCCUUGUUCCCAUUUUUGUUUAUCAUAGCUGCAGAGUGCUUAAGCAUUUUGCUCAAUAGAGCUUUGGAUUUGGGGAUGAUAAAGGGGGUUAAGAUUGGCUCUGAUGGGUUAGUCCUUACUCAUCUCUAG